GGGAGAGAGAGAGAGAGAGAGAGAGAAGGAGAGAGAAGGAGAAGAGAGAGAGGGGUGCAUUUGUGCUAUUCCCGUCCCAUUCCCAUGCCCUUCCCAUGUCGUUCUCCGCUUUCACCUCCUUCGACCGUCUGGUGACCUCGGUCCGACCAGACUUGGACCGGUCGGGGGCGGUCUGGGACUACUGCGAGCCACACUUGGGUCUCAGCUCAGGCGCCGCACCACGGACGGCGCAUGGUGCCAUGUGCGCGUGGAGGGGCGACCUGCUGAGGAGAUAUAUGGAAGACCCAUUCUUCCUCAAGCAGGAUGGCACGCUGGACCUGACGAAGGUGCCCUUGAGGGACCGUCUAUCGGUGGAGGCGAUGCUGCAGUACCAGAAAGACCCUGAGCAUCAGUUCCUUGUGCCCACAUCUGAGGGACAGCAGUGGCAUGUUCCGCGUCUGCCCCACCACCGUGGAUGACGAACGACCGGAGCUGGCGGGCAUGGGCUGGAAUGCCUCACAUAGCUGGGACUUCUGCGGCGAACGCUUCGGGGAAGACAACUGGAAGCCUGCUACGACUGAGACCUCGGUACAUGAGGAGAUCAGUGAGCCGUUGCCGCCACCAGCGGCCCCGGAGCUCCCUGAGCGGGAGGCUGAGCCUCCAGAGGAGCUCCGUUUGGGAGACAUCGAAGAGCCCAUCGGCUAUAUGGUCCCACCGGUGCCUGCUGCGUCUGCACAGGAGUUGACUACCCAUCCGAGUGAUCAGAUGGAACUCCAAGCAGCACACGCUGCGCAGGCGUCCAUGCCGUGCAUUUGGUUGCCAUGGAGGACCAGCUGCGGCCACGGAGCCCGCCCUGCGCGGGGCUCGCGCCCGAGACGAAAGGCCCAAGCCUGGGCUGAUUUCCUGGUUUGUACCUCAUAAGGUGCGAGCCUGGCGAAGAGGAUGCUCCGUGCACAAAGCCCGGCGUGGCAAAGCACUGCUGGUUUGCACGUGGAGC